GAAAUCUGGAUGAUAAGUAAGUACCGUGUUCCCGAAUCAAACCCCAAUUUUCAAACAUGCACAUCACUACGUCUAUGUCUAUGUGUGCCCUUAUCAUCGCCUGCACCACUUGUUGACUUCUCCCACACAGUCUCCGCGUUUUUUUUUCAGUUUGCGGCUGGGACACAACAAAAAGUCAGCUUUCUUCUCACUCUUCUUUAUAUACAUUCGGCAAUAUAAUUGAUUGGGUGUUUCUCGUUCCUCUUGAUUACACUCUUAUCCGUCAAUUGGUUUAAUGAUUAUGAUGCCCUCGAUUGAGAAUGGAUUGCUGUUCGUUAUUCUGGAAUUGCUACAACAGUUGAAAUAGAUGGGCGGUAGCGAUUCGCACAUGAUCGGCAUCGAUUCACGUCUUGAGAUGGGAUCAUUAGCAGAAAAAACGACACUUGAGAUUGAAGAGAUGCGCCUCGUUAGUCCUCAACCAAUCGAUCGAAAAAUAUCUUCGUUAGAGACGUCUCAUCCGAGACCUAUAUCUGGUGCCGGGUUACAAAACUUUGGAUGUAAAUGUAUACUAAGCAGCAUAUUUCGCAGUAUAAAGAUUGCUCUGUUUUCGAACAAAUUAAACUUGCUUCUACCUUGUGGUCCGUUGGCGAUAGUAGUUGAUAAGCUCACAAAUCAUCACGGCUGGGUCUUCUUUUUAAGUUUACUUGGCAUCAUUCCAUUGGCUGAACGUUUGGGCUGGGCUACAGAGCAGCUCGCUUUCUUUACAGGACCUACAGUUGGGGGUCUUUUAAACGCUACGUUUGGUAACGCGACAGAGUUGAUAAUAUCUAUGCGCGCAAUGAAAAGCGGUAUGAUACGUGUUGUUCAGCAAUCAUUACUCGGAUCAAUUCUUUCUAAUAUGUUGUUGGUGCUUGGAUGUGCACUUCUUGGAGGAGGAAUCGUCCAUUUUAAAAGAGAACAAGUGUUCAACAAGUCAUCUGCAGCAAUGGAUUCUGGACUGCUCUUGAUGGCAGUGAUGGGCCUCUUGUUUCCGACGGUUCUCCACUUUACGCACACCGAGUUGCAUUUUGGCAAGUCUGAGCUGGCACUUUCAAGGUUUAGCAGUUGCGUUAUGCUCGUAGCAUACGUCGCGUACAUUUUCUUCCAGCUCACCAGCCAUAAGCAUCUCUAUGCUCCUAUAAAUCAGGAAGGGAGUCAAGCUGACGGAAGCUCAGACGACGAUGAAGAGCCAGACUUGUCCAAGUGGGAAUCAAUCAUGUGGUUACUUGUACUCACUUCUUUGAUAUCCGUCUUGUCUGAAUAUUUGGUUAAUGCCAUUGAGGGGGCAUCUGUUGCAAUGAACAUUCCGAUAGCAUUUAUAAGUGUUAUUCUGCUCCCGAUUGUCGGGAAUGCAGCGGAGCAUGCUGGUGCUGUUAUGUUUGCCGUGAAAGACAAGCUUGACAUCUCGCUCGGAGUUGCAAUAGGCUCGUCAACACAAAUAGCAAUGUUUCUGAUUCCGUUCACUGUGGUUGUGGGCUGGAUAACGGGACGCCCAAUGGACUUGAAUUUUCAACUAUUUGAGACAGCUACUCUUAUUAUGACAGUUCUCGUAGUAACCUUCAUGCUGCAGGAGGGAACAUCAAAUUACUUCAAAGGACUGAUGCUUCUUCUAUGCUAUCUUAUAGUAGCCGCAAGUUUCUUCGUACAUUUAGACCCCGAAUCUGUCCAGGACAAACUGGAAGACCAUCCAUAGAACACGUACUUAAUUCACAUCCAACAACAGAAACGAGGUGUAUAUAAAAAGUAAGUAUUGCUGCCUGAAGAAUAUUUUCGUGGGGAUGGAUUCUCCAUUCCGGAGCCUUGAAAUCAUUACAAUAUAGGUCUGCAUUCUGCGUAUUUUUAAUCAUUUUUUGUUUUAAAUUUCGAUAAUGCCCUUUAGUUUGAGGAAGAUGGGCUGAAUGCUAUAGAAAUUUUGUUAUUAGUUAUACCGUUAAAAGCGAAUCGAACUGAUCUAUAUAAGGUAUUUGUUUACAAGUUAUUGAAGCUCUUACAAGGGACUUUUGGAGCUUAUUUUUUAUUAUCU